AUGGUUUUCACCUUUGCUGCUGCUGCUGCUGCUGCACUGACAGCAGCAGCUCCGUCGUUGCUGCGUCGAGGUGCAUGCAGCUUUCUAUGUAAUAGAGGCGCAGCAGCAGCAGCAGCAGCAGCAACAGCAGCAGCAGCAGCAGGCGCUGCUGCUUCAACAGUUCAUCCUACUGCUGCUUCAAUCCAGCAGCAGCAGCCGUUUGGGGGUUUUAUUUCUCCCCUGUGGGGUGGAGCAGCAGCAGCAGCAGCAACAGCAGCAGCAGCAGCACGACGCAACCACCACCACCAGUACCUGCACCCUCAGCAGCAGCAGCAGCAGCAGCAGCAGCAGCAGCUUCGACGUUAUUCUGAAGGCGUCGUCUGGAAGGCCGAGUUUGCUCUCAAGGAGAAAGGUAAAGGCCCUAAGAAACCCCUCUACUUUGAUGCCUGUCAGGUGGUGGUCCCUCACCCAUCCAAACGGCAGCGGGGAGGCGAAGAUGCGGCUUUCUGCAGCACUAGCUGCUUGGCAGUGGCUGACGGUGUGGGGGGUUGGGAGUCGUCGGGGAUCGAUCCCGGGAUCUACUCUAAAGAAUUAGUUAAAAGGAUCGGUGCAGCAGCAGCAGCAGCAGCAGCAACAGAAGCAGCUCUGUGUCCCCUCACCGUCAUGAAGGAAGCCUACCUCGCCACACACGCUAUUGGAUCCUGGCCUUCAUUAGAGAAGAUUGUGGCUCGCAGCGAUUUUCAGUGUCAUUCGUUUAACUUCCCGCUGCAGUUGGGUACAGGCAGCAAAGACACCCCGGAGCAUGCACAUACACUUCGUGACGAGAUGCUUACGGGGAGCUGCUGCGCAGCAUUGCCACUCACUGCUGUUGCUGCUGCUGUUGCUGCUGCUGCUGCUGCUGCUGCUGCUGCUGCUGCAGGGGUUUGGGACAACUUGUUUGAUGAACAGGUGCUGCAGCACCUUCAGAAUGAAGGUGACCCCUUGAAGGCAGCAGAGAAGAUUUGCAGCGUCUGUUACCGGCUCUCGCUUAGCCCCAAGUGGGACAGCCCGUUUGCUACAAAAGAAAGAGAGCUCUUAGGGUUGCUGCCGAGACACUUGGGAGGGAAGCCCGAUGAUAUAACUGUUGUUGUUGCAGUCGUGCGGGAAAACAAAGACGGAGUUGCCUCUUCUGCCCCAGCAAACCGCUAA